CUCCUCAGGGUUGCUCUGACGUUACCAUCAAAGCCUGCGGAGCCAGAGCUGCCCCUGGGCUGUGCCUGAGCUGGGAGGGGUCUGCAGGGCAGAGCUGAGCCCCCAGGGCUGGGCUGGGCUCUGGCAGCACUGGCAGGGCCCAGCCCUGGGCACAGGGAAGCAGCUGCUGGCAGGGACAGCUCCAGGCAGCAGAGCCCAGGGCAGGCAGUGGGGGGAAACUGCCCCAAAACUGGGCUGGGAUAUUUAAAUUCCUCUCCAAACCCAACUAUUCCAUGAUUACUUUUUUUACAGAUCCACAUGCCAAGGCACAGCACAUGUCCAACAGCAGCUCCAUCAGCCACUUCCUCCUGCUGGCACUGGCAGAGACGCGGCAGCUGCAGCUCCUGCACUUCUGCCUCUUGCUGGGCAUCUCCCUGGCUGCCCUCCUGGGCAACGGCCUCAUCAUCAGCGCCGUAGCCUGCGGCCACCACCUGCACACGCCCAUGUUCUUCUUCCUGCUCAACCUGGCCCUCAGCGACCUGGGCUCCAUCUGCACCACUGUCCCCAAAGCCAUGCACAAUUCCCUCUGGGGCACCAGCACCAUCUCCUACACUGGAUGUGCUGCACAGCUCUUUUUCUUUCUGUUCUUCAUCUCAGCAGAGUUUUAUCUCCUGACCAUCAUGUGCUACGACCGCUACGUGUCCAUCUGCAAACCCCUGCACUAUGGGACCCUCCUGGGCAGCAGAGCUUGUGCCCACAUGGCAGCAGCUGCCUGGGCCAGUGCCUUUCUCAAUGCUCUGCUGCACACGGCCAAUACAUUUUCCCUGCCCCUGUGCCAUGGCAAUGCCCUGGGCCAGUUCUUCUGUGAAAUCCCACAGAUCCUCAAGCCCUCCUGCUCCAAAUCCUACCUGAGGGAACUUGGGCUUCUUGCUGUUAGUGCCUGUUUGGCAUUUGGCUGUUUUGUGUUCAUUGUUUUCUCCUAUGUGCAGAUCUUCAGGGCUGUGCUGAGGAUCCCCUCUGAGCAGGGACAGCACAAAGCCUUUUCCACCUGCCUCCCUCACCUGGCUGUGGUCUCCCUGUUUCUCAGCACUGCACUGUUCGCUCACCUGAAACCCCCCUCCAUGUCCUCCCCAUCCCUGGAUCUGUCAGUGUCAGUUCUGUACUCGGUGGUGCCUCCAGCCCUGAACCCCCUCAUCUACAGCCUGAGGAACCAGGAGCUCAAGGCUGCAGUGUGGAGACUGAUGACUGGAUGCUUUCAGGAACAUUAAA